AUGUCACGGUUAGGAAACAAGGAGGAAAACCUCAAGCACUUUGUAAAGUUUAUUUACCCACCGAUGAAGUUGAUCGGCGCCUGGCCAAAACCCACCGCCACUUCUACGUUUUCAAAGGCUAUAAAAUGGGGUUUAAUUGUCUCAGCUUACUUCCUACAACUGUUGGUCUUUGUACCAGGUGUACUGUAUCUAUUUCUGAAAGAGAAGAAUGGCAAAAAGCGGAUUCAUAUUAUGAUACCACACAUAAAUGGCUUUAGCCAACUGUGCAAAUAUACCAUCCUAUUGCGACGAACAAGCGAGUUUAGCAAAAUAUUGGAUCAAUUGAGCGACGAUUGGGUAGACGCCACAGAAGACAGUCGUCAUAUAUUCCGUAUGAGAGCGAAUAUUGGACAUAGGAUGGUGUUGACAGUGGCAAUCACCAUGUACACUACAGGUCUCUUUUAUCGUAUAAUUAUACCACUCUCGACGGGUAGAAUCGUCUUACCGAAUAACACGACUAUGAGGAUGCUACCGUGUCCAGUUUACUUCGUCUUCUUCAAUGAACAAUCUACUCCUUAUUACGAGAUAAUUUUUGUUCUGCAAAUUAUGGGUGGAUUUCUCAACUAUACGAUUCUGUGUAGUACCAUGGGCGUGUGCUUGAUGCUCUGCUUGCACUUAAGCAGCUUGUUGAGGAUUCUGAUGAACAAAAUGGUCGAGCUUACGAGUCAGUUAGAUACAAGCGAGACAGCUGUGCAGAAGAAGAUAUCGGAUAUUGUUGCCUAUCAAACGAAAGUCAAGGAAUUUGCGAAUAGCGUGGAAGAGAUCACACCGUACCUUUACUUUUUCGAGAUAUUUAAUUACGCUAUAGAAGCGUGCAUAGUGGGAUACUGUAUUAUCGUGGAAUGGGAAGAAAGCAAUGCUGCGUCUAUAAUCGUGUACCUUAUGUUUCAAGGAAUUUGCAUAUUUUGUAACUACGCGAUGUGCUACAUUGGUCAACUUCUUAUCAACGAAAGCGAAAAUGUCAGGCGGAUGUCUAUUACGUUGAACUGGUAUCGAUUUCCUAUGAAGAAAGCACGCAGUUUGAUAUUAAUCAUUAUUAUGUCGAAUUAUCCAAUAAAACUCACGGCGGGAAAAAUCGUAGACAUAUCAUUAGCCACUUUCACUGAUAUCAUAAAGGCGUCGGUGGGAUACUUGAACGUGUUACGGAAAGUCACAUAA